CCUCUGUCUCUCUCUCCAUUCUUAAUAAAGAAAAAGGAAAAGGAGUCUUUUUUUUCCUCUCUCUCCAGCUUCUCUCUGCUAUAAUGGAUCCCCACGGCUCCUCAAAGGUCACCCCAGAGGCCUCCAAGUUCCACCAGGCCCUGGGCCGCCACCCAGAGGAUAAAAGACAACCCUCCACCAGCCUAGGCUCCACCACCACCCACCAACGGGAAGACAGCAGCAGCAGAGGAGGAGGAGGAGACCUCCAGAUAGUGAUGAUGGCCUCCAUGGCACCACCAACAACAGUAUCAGAGAAGGAGGACCAGCAAAGGCGGCAGCUUGUGCCUCGCCGGAGCUCCAACAAGGACCGGCACACCAAGGUGGACGGCCGCGGCCGCCGCAUCCGCAUGCCGGCCCUCUGCGCGGCCCGUAUCUUCCAGCUCACCCGCGAGCUUGGCCACAAGUCCGACGGGGAGACCAUCCAGUGGCUCCUCCACCAGGCCGAGCCCGCCAUCAUCGCCGCCACCGGCUCCGGCACCAUCCCCGCCUCCGCCCUCUCCUCCUCCUCCUCAUCCGCGGCCUCCACCCCCCACCAGACCAAUUGGACCGGUUUCGCUACUACUACUACUACCUGCCUCGGCCGGCCGCACCACCAGGGGCUGUGGCGGGCGGCGGCGGCGGCUUCGGCUUCCGGGCGAUUCAAUUCAGGAUUUUUGCAGCCGGCGCCGGCGACGUCGAGCAUUGGGUUCCAUGGACUGGAGUUGCCGGGCGGCGGCAGCGGCGGCAUGGGGGCGAUGAGCUUCUUGUCGAUUCUGGGCGGGCACGGGCAGCAGCUGCCAGGGCUGGAGCUCGGGCUCUCGCAAGAUGCAAGCAUGGGUGGGGUGUUAAAUUCACAAGUUUUGGGCCAAUUCUAUCAGCAGAUGGGGCAGGGGAGGAUCGGCGAGGGCGGUCAGUUGCAUCAGCAGCAGCAGCAGCAGCAUUUGGCGUCGUUGAAGGAUAAUUCACACGAGUCAACGAAGUAGACAGACGAGGCCGAGGAGUUCUUAAGGAGAAUUCAAGGAGAAAAUCGAAGAAAAUUGCGGUCGGAGAGGCUGUUAGGAUUAGUUUGGUUGGUUGGUUGGUUGGUCUUCUUCCUUUGAUAAUUACUACUGGAGAAAAGAGGUGAUUGGAUUUAGAUAUCUAUUGAAUUGGUUACUGGAUUUUUGUGUCUGCUCUACAAAGUUUCAAAGGAGUCUCCGAUUAUUUUAUGGGUGCAUAUUGAAGGCAGCUGAAUUGCUUGGGGUGGAACUGGGGAUGUUGUCUAUUUGGAGUCUUGUAGAUAAGAGAUGAAGCCAUCUUGUUAGGAGGUCUGGAUGGAGUGGUGAUUGGUUUGUAUUUUAUUUUAUUUUUUUGAUGAAUAAAGAUAUAAGGUUCCUAUUUUGUCACCAAUGAGAUUCUCUGCAGAGAUGGUGAGGCUAAACAUUUAUAAUAGUCGCAGAAGCAAUUCUUUGCCAAUUAAUGGUUUAAAUUUGUUAACUACUUUCCAUUGUUCGCCUGUUUAUAGUUUUAUUAUCUUCUGGUUGCCAACAUUUCUUUUUGGAGUUGGUAAUGGUAAUUGGUGUCCAGGGUGUUA